AUGGGUCAAAACCCAUCCGUCCCCCGACCAGGGGCCCGCUUUCAAGUGAUUGGCGCCGGGCUAUCGCGUACUGGGACAGCAUCAUUCAGCGCUGCAUUGGAAACCAUCUUGGAUGGGCCUGUCUACCAUGGUGGAACACAAAUAACGAUGGGUCCUCCGAUCGAGAUAAAAUCCUGGGUCCGGAUUCUGCAAUAUUGGUUAGAUGAUAAGGGGGCAGAUAGACUCACAACAAUGAAACUUAUACGGCACAGACUCGACGGGUUUACCGCAGUAACCGAUGCACCUUGCUCUCAACUCUUCGAGGAAUUGAUGGAAAUGUAUCCCAACGCCAAGGUCAUCUGCACAACCCGCGAUCCAGUAUCUUGGGAGGAAUCUAUGUCUCAGAUCCAUCACAUGGCACUGCUGUGGUUUCUGCGUGGAGUCCUUCUUCCACUCCCGGGCAUGAGACAUUUCGUGCAUUAUAUCAGUCUGCUGAAAAAGCAGUGGGUCAAGAUCUAUGGAACUACGAAUCCUAAUUGCACCAUAUAUGAACAGCACAUUGCUUGGUUGAAAGAGGUGGUGCCUGAGGAUCGCUUGAUGUUUUUUGAUGUCAAAGAUGGAUGGGAGCCGCUGUGUAAGGCACUUGAUAAGGAGGUGCCCAAGGAUAAGCCGUUCCCUCGGAUCAACGAUGGGGCUGCAAUUGACCAAAUUGCUCGGUAUCAUAUCCGGCGAGGGCUUACUCGAUGGUCUGCAAUUUGUGCUAUGAUUGGGGUCACCGUUGCAUUAGAAUUGCAGAUAUUCUUUAAUAUUUUCUACAAAUGA